AGUCCUGUGGCCGCUGAAAGCCAAGAUGCCUCCUUCGGCAGCAGCAGAGGGUGGCUACGUGCUCUGAGCUUUCUGACAUGGAUCUGUCUGAGGAUUACAAAUCGCCCUUUGAUUUCAACUCGGGAGUGGACAGAAGCUACCUUUACCUCUCACCUGGCAUAAACCUUUCUCCACCUGGGUCGCCAACACUGACAAAGUCUGGGCUGCUGAGAACUGACUCUAUACCUGAGGUUGGAGAGGAUGCUGCUGCUACAGUUGGUAUGGCAGAAACACUCUCAGAGGAAGAACAGGAUGAGCUAAGAAGAGAGCUUGCUAAGGUGGAAGAAGAAAUCCAGACACUCUCGCAAGUGCUAGCUGCCAAAGAGAAGCACCUAGCAGAAAUCAAGAGAAAGCUGGGAAUUAACUCAUUACAGGAACUAAAGCAGAACAUUACCAAAAGUUGGCAAGAUGUUACAUCAACUGCAGCAUACAAGAGAACAUCAGAAACCUUGUCUCAGGCCAGUCAGAAGGCUUCUGCUGCUUUUUCAACUGUUGGUUCCGUCAUAACCAAGAAGUUUGAAGAUGUCAAACUACAGGCAUUUUCACAUUCGUUUAGUAUACGCUCCAUACAACACUCAAUUAGCAUGCCUAUUAUGAGAAAUUCUCCUACUUUCAAAUCUUUUGAGGAAAAAGUUGAGAACUUAAAGUCUAAAGUUGGAGGAAACAAACCUGCUGGGGGAGACUUCGGAGAAGUUCUGAACUCUGCUGCCAAUGCCAGUGCCACAGAAACAAUUGCAGAACAGACACAGGAGGAGACCCACUGAGAUUCCUUCCUCUGUCCUGCUACCCACUGCCAGAUGCUGCAAGCAAGAACUAAGCACACUUCUAACAUUCUUUGCGCUCUUUCCACCAGAUGUGCGUUUAUUUAGCACGUAGCUAUUUUACCAGAUUAACUGAUACCAAGCUUGUUUGUGGGUUCAAAUUAUUUUUGAAACUAAAAUACAUUGUUUGGGGUUUUGUGUGGGUAGGGGAAUUUUUAUGCCUUUCAAACAUUUAAAGGACUUAUCUCUAAUUUGAAGGCAACCUUUAAAAUAUAGCAAUGAAAACUCUUCUGAGAAGUUAAUUAUACUGUACAUACACUGUGGAUACAUAAUUCCUUUUGAAUCAGUAACUGCUCUUCAACUUGAUCAUUUUGAAUCUACUUCUGCUGCCAAACUUUACUCCCUUGUGAUUAUUUCGGUUAAGUGUUGCCUGCAUGGGAACCAGGCUAGGAGGAUCACUCCCAGCUAAAGAAAGGACUUGUACUUCAACAGGCUUUAAACACGUUACUUGUAGCACAGUUACAGAUGUGUUGGAAUGUACUGUAUUAAGAGCUUGUUUUUUGUACAAAAGAUACUGGUACUAUAACACAUGACAUCUAAACCUCACUGAUUUCUUUGGCUUAUCUAACUAGGAGGACUCUGGAAGCAAGAUGCCUAUUAAUGCUGGUUUAGUUCAGUUACAAUAACGUGAUCAGUAUCGCACUUUGUUCUGAACUUCUGAUCAGUUGUGAAUUCAUCUUAAUUCACGUGUGGAGGUGUCACACACUAACAAAGCAUGGAUGGUAAGAAUAGGCCUGAGCAUGAAAGUGGUUCUUCUGUUAGGCAGCGAGAGAGCUGCUGUCAAAUGCUAAUGUUCAUUCCCAUGUGGACUGACUGGAAAAGAUCUGCUACAGACUACAUUGUUGUUUUUUUUUUUUUUUUUUUUUUUUCUGUACGUCUUAAGGGCCUGAACCACUAGAGAUGUAUCACUACUCCCCUUUGCUCUGCUGCGCAGUGUUACACCGCAGCAUAGCACUCUGGCAAGGCCCGUUCCUCUACCUGGUACUUUAUCUGGUUGUUGUCUUCAAAUUGCUUGUCUUUUUUAUGUUUCUGGCACCUGGUGUGGGUAAGAUUAGAGCUUUUGGCAUGUGUUUUAUCACCACAGUUAGAGGGGGAAACAGGUUUGAAACAGGUGUGUGAAGUCUGAACCUUCCCCCUGCCACGGAGGGGUCUGGGAGAAAAAGAGUUCCUGACAACUUGAUUAGCAUGCCAGCUGUCAUGUAUAUAUGCUCAGUUCCUUGUGAGAAGCUUAAUAAAAAAAUAAAUUAAAAAAAAAA